AUGCAACCAACACCAACAGUCUCUCCUAUCAUGAUAUUUAUAUUUAUAAACCAAUACGAAACCAAUAUCAUUCUAUCUAUCUAUAUCAUGUUAAAGAGAUAUUAUUCCUCUUCUUUAACUAGUCGUAUUAGUAGUAUAGCAUUCAAAAGUAUUACAACAUCAAUAUACUCAACAACAACAACCUUUACUCCAAUCAUCAUAAACAAUAAUAAUAAUAAUAAUAAUGACAUAGACAACAACAACUUGUCAUCUCCUACAUUAUGUAGAUGUUAUACAUCAAUGUCUAAAUUUAGAAAACAACCAAUGCAAAAGAAGAGUGAUCGAUACAUGUCUCAGUUGGCAGAUGAUAUUGACAAGACCGAAAGAAAGGAACUAAAGAAAAAGUUAAAGGAAAAGAAAAAGAUACCAGUCGAUGCUGAAAAGAUUAUGAACACCUCUUUUAUAACAUCAGAGGGAUCGUCUGAAAAGGAUAAAAAGUUUGAAGAUAAUAUCAAGCGACUGAUGAUCGAACAGAAUGUAGACAAUCCAUCAUUGAUUCGUAUUCCUGCCGGUUUACUAGACCAACUCGAUUUCAGAGAGAAGCAUUCGGCCGAUGCACUCAGAUUUGCCGAUCACUUCUUUUCACAUCAAUCCAAACUAGUGACAAUGGCCAUUAAAAAGGAUGAUUUCCCAUUACAUCCAUUCCCACAAAUAGCUUUCCUCGGUCGUUCCAACGUUGGUAAAUCUUCCCUACUCAAUGCUCUACUUGGUAAUCAAUUGGCAAAUGUUUCAAAAACUCCUGGAUGCACACAAUCAGUUAAUUUCUAUUCAAUAUGGGAUAAAUUAAUGUUGGUUGAUUUACCAGGUUACGGAUAUUCAAAGGUAUCAAAGGAUAAGGCUGCAGUUUGGGGUAGAAGUAUUUCUGAGUUUCUCAUUACCUCUCCUCAUCUCAUUAAAUUAUUCUUGUUGAUUGAUAGUAGAAUAGGAUGUCAAAAGAAUGAUUUAGAAGUUAUGAAAUUAUUAGAUGAUCAUAGAGUUGCUUUUCAAAUUGUAUUAACCAAAGUUGACAAGACUACACCAAACGCAUUAAAAAGAAUUUAUAGAACAUUAAAGGAAACAAUUAAUGAUAAUGUCAGUUGUUUACCAAAUGUACUACAAUGUAGUAGCAUUGAAAUGAAGGGAAUUCAACAGAUUAGAUCGAUUAUAUUGGAUGUUUGUCAAUUGAAUAAGGAAACUUUUAGAACGACCCUUCAAGAUGAUACUCCUCAACUUCCACCACCUCUACCUAAACCAGCUGGAGGUUCUUCAUCCUCUACCGGUGAACCAAAAUUACCACCUCCACUUCCAUCAUCAUUUAAAAAGAAUAAACAAACCAAGGAAUAA